AUGCUGCUCCUCCUGCACCUGCUGCCUGCCAUGCUGCCCACUGCCGCCCUGGCCAGCUGCACCGGGGCUGGUGCCGACCGGCAGCUCAUCCUGGCCAAGGUACGGGCACAGGUGCUGGAGCAUCUGAGCCCCCCGCUUCUCCACAAGGAGCCCCAGAAGGAAGCAAGGAGGGUGCACCGGAGAGACAUCCUUGAAAACGCCGAAGUCGAGCCCGAGAGGCUGGAGGACACCUCCCAGGUGAUUCUCUUCCCUUCCACAGACGUGCCCUGCGAGCCCAUGCAGCCGGACAAGCUGCUGGAGGAAGAAGGGAUUUUCACCUACCUCUUCCAGCCCUCGGCGCACACCCUGAGCCGUGCCGUGACCUCCGCCCAGCUCUGGUUUUACACCGGUCCCUCAGCUGCCCCCAACCACUCGGCCCCCGACGUGCUGACCCUGUCGCAGCAGGGCCGCGUGCCGGUGGUGGCCACAGCGGUGCGGACGCCCGAGCACUGGACGGUGUUUCACUUCGCCCCAGAGCUGCUGUCCCAGCUCUCCCAGCCGCUCUUCGUGCUCCUGGUGCGCUGCCCCGGCUGCCCCUGCCUGGCCGAGGGGGACAAGAUGCCCUUCUUGGUGGCCACCACCCGGGCCAAGGGCGAGAGGGCUCGUCGCUCUGCUGUGCCCUGGUCCCCAGCUGCCCUGAGCCUGCUGCAGCGGCCGUCCGAGGACCUGGCUGCCCACACCAACUGCCGCCGGGCUUCCCUCAACAUCUCCUUCGAGGAGCUGGGCUGGGACAAGUGGAUCGUGCAUCCCAGCAGCUUCGUUUUCCAUUACUGCCACGGGAGCUGCGCCGAGGGCCACGGGCUGAACCACCGCCUGGGCGUGCAGCUAUGCUGCGCCGCCCUGCCUGGCACCAUGCGCUCCCUGCGCGUCCGCACCACUUCCGAUGGCGGGUAUUCCUUCAAAUAUGAGACUGUGCCCAACAUCCUGGCCCAGGACUGCACCUGUGUCUAGGGCAUCCCGCAGCCUGUCCCCAGACCGUGACCCCACCCAGGAGGAGCUGUCUGCCCAGGGGAC